UUCCCCGGAGUGGCAUAUAUAAUCCCGCGCAUUCUUUUUUACCUGACCGAUCUCAAACCGUGCAAGUCUCAAGUGAAGUCUGAGGUUGCUAGCGAUGAAGGACUUUGCGGGGUUGGGGCACUUGUUCGUGGCGGCAUUCCUGUUCCACUUCUCCUCAUACAUGGUGCUGCCGUCGAUCACCGACGUGACGAUGGAGGCCGUCUGCCCCGGCCGCGACGAGUGCUCUGUCGCCAUCUACCUCAGCGGCUUUCAGAACGCCAUCACUGGGCUGGGGGCUCUCGUGGUGACUCCUGUUGUCGGGAAUUUGUCGGACAGGUACGGGAGGAAGGCGCUGAUGACGCUGCCGGUGACCGUCGCGAUUUUACCUCUGUUUAUACUGGCGUGCAACCGCUCGGAGGCGUACUUCUACGUGUACUACGUGGCUAAGAUCGUCGCCGGGAUCUUCUGCGAGGGCAGCAUGCACUGCCUCUCCCUUGCUUACGUGGCCGACCAAGUUGGCACGAGGCGCCGAGCGGCGGCCUUCGGGCUCCUCUCCGGCGUGUCGGCGGCCGGGUUCGUCUCGGGGACACUCACCGCGCGGUUCCUGCCGACCUCUUCCACCUUCCAGGUCGCCGCGGCCGUCGCCACGGCGGGGGCCAUCUACCUCAGGGCGUUCGUCCCGGAUUCCGGCUCCGCUGUCUCGUCCUUCGGCGACGACGAAGCCAGCUGCGACCCCCUGCUACAGGACUCGUCGUCCUGCAGCUGCUCCUCUGCCACUUCAUCUUCCACUUCCUCCGACGGGGAGCUGUCGCCGAGGCUUCCGCCGUACAAGGGCCUGCUGCCGUCGCUGCCCGACAUGGUCGCGCUUCUCACCGGCAGUUUGACCUUGUCCGCAGCGGCAACGAUAACUUUCUUUUACAGUCUUGGUGAACAUGGGCUUCAGACUGCAUUGCUGUACUACCUGAAAGCACAGUUCGGUUACAGCAAAGACGAAUUUGCUAAUCUGCUGCUAAUUGCUGGUGCUGCCGGAAUGCUCUCACAGCUAACAGUAAUGCCAAUAUUUGCUCCAAUCGUGGGUGAGGAGAUGCUACUUAUUGUUGGGCUAUUAGGAGGAUGCACUCAUGUUUUUCUGUAUGGCAUCGCAUGGUCAUACUGGGUACCAUAUUUUGCUGCAGCGUUUGUAAUUUUGAGUGCUUUUGUUCACCCAUCUAUAAGGACCAAUGUAUCAAAAAGUGUCGGAUCAAAUGAGCAGGGAAUUGCUCAAGGGUGCAUAUCUGGGAUUAGUUCAUUUGCCAGCAUAUUAGCUCCACUCAUCUUUACUCCCUUAACAGCAUGGUUCCUUUCAGAAACCAAACCCUUCAACUUCAAGGGUUUCAGCAUUAUGGUUGCUGGCUUUUGUACGCUUAUUUCCUUUGUCAUCAGCAUUAGGAUGCGUGGAGGCAGAUACGGAACAAGCGAGAAAAUGAGCGUUGUGCAGAACGAGGAAGCAUGAUGAAUGAGUUCCCGAUCGAACUAGCAUGACGAAUGAGCAUCCCCUAGUUUUUUCGUCUACAAGCACAGAAAACACAGGUUGGAACAUUAGUAGCUUGAACACAAGGGAAUGAACUUCUGCGUGCUUCAGGCCUUCAAGGAGAAAUGAUGCAUGCCACUACCAUUCUCAAGAAGGCAUUUCCGCUACCACGCCGUGCAAGAAAGUUCAGCUCGUUGUAAAUCACAUGUAGUCUUACUGGGGACCGACAUAGUUACACGUAGCUUUAAAAAGGGCAUCACUGGCAAUAGCUUAAUAGGGAGGGUGGAUUAGGGCAAUGCUGUUUCUGAUUUCAGAUGCAUGGUCUUCACUUCAAAUUAGCAUUUACUAGCGGUGUCUGCAGAGUCCAGAACCAGAAUCAGACCAAACUGCUACUA